AUGACCUCGAACCUUCCCUCCACCCCCAUCCUUCCAGACGAUCAGAAGCUCGCAGUCGAUGGCAUGAAUUGGUCGACCUGGAAGGAAGCUGCCAUCAGCAUGGCUCGCGGACGUGGCCUGACAGGUUACCUGUACGGCACCAUUAACAACCCAACCGGGUAUGUUGCAAGCCUGUAUGGAACGGCCCUCAACUCGGACAACCCCUCCCCCGACGAGUACCUUAUCCGCGAUGGAUGGGUCGCCGCGAUGCUGUUCCAGAACAUGAAGGACCCAAGGUCGCAUGACAUAACGGGAUCAGACACGGCUCACCGUAUGUGGACCAUUCUGCUCGCCAAAUUCAACCGGAGCUCCGAGCUGUUGAUCGGGAUGAAGGUUGAGCGCUUGAGAGAGCUCGUCCUCAAGGACCCUCGCAAAUUGCCUGCACACAUCGACAAAUUAGUCAAACGACGCACGGACGUACACGAAGUCGGAGGAACGAUACCAGACCCCCUGAUGUGCACGAUCCUCCUCAAUUCGUUGCCCAAGGAGGAGUUCGGAACGGCGUUGAUAUCUCUCCAGAUGUACAAGGUGGUCGCAGACUUGGUCCAGCACCUCCGCAAAUGGUGGGAUAUCGUUUGGAAGCGGCGAGUCGAGGAUGAGGGCGUUGGGACCCCACUGAACACCACAAAUGCGAUGACUAUCAAUGUCUCGGCAUCAGCGUGUUCCAAUUGCGGAGUAAAUGGCCAUAGCGACAAGGCAUGCUGGGCAAAAGGCGGUGGAAAGGAAGGACAAGCGCCAGGGUGGUGGAAGGCCCCGCGCAGGAUGGAACCCAGCCCAGCGCUAGUGUCAAGCUAUCAGCAAGCAAGGCAGGCGCGGCGAGGACAGGCGAACCCCUUCUCACCUCCGACGGCCAACUUCGCAUCGUACGGAUCGCAACCAAUUCCUCCGCAAAUCAAUCCAUCUGCCAUGACGACUUACGUCCUUGCCGCGGAGAUAGACGAUUACGAAUCGGACGUGGAAGGUCAACUCCUUCCAUUCUGA